UGGCGCCUCCACGAAGCUUUAGUCUGUCUGGGGGAUCGCCACUAGAUCAGAUAAUGUUAUUAUAUCAAGGGAAUGAUCCUCUGAGAUGCUCAGAGCAUCUGUAUUAACAUAACAUUGUGUUGCGGUAUGUGCACAAUAAGUCAUACAUACUAUACUGUCAAUCGUCAUACUCCUACUUUCGCCGCCUAUUGAGGUACACAUUCUCUUAUCCUCUUUUCCGUUGUGGAGGUUAGAUGUUUUAAUUUAUAUCCUACUCAUGCAGUACAAGAAAAGGCUUUGGAGCGUUCUUGGCUUUGCCGUAUAUUCUACCGCCACACUAUGCCGGACAUUGUGAAUCCCCUUGAUGGUAUAUCUGGUGAGCUUGCUGGCAAUCGAUACGGUCUCAGGGCGACCCUUCUCUUCUUCAUCUCCAUCUCCAUCUAUAAUGUGAUAGAACUGGUAGUCCUUGUGCUGUCGACAUUCCGUCGCUGGAGAGGCCUAUACUUUUGGAGCUUGCUACUUUCAGGCUGCCUGGGGGUGGUUCCAUACUCGCUCGGUUUUAUGCUGAAGUUCUUUACGCAUUCCAGCUCCUUCUUGUCCGUUACAAUGCUUACCGUCGGCUGGUGGACAAUGGUUACGGGGCAAUCUUUCGUCCUUUAUUCACGACUUCAUCUUGUCAUCCGUGAUGAAUACAUCCUCCGGCGUGUGUUGUGCAUGAUUAUAGCAAAUUUCUUCCUUCUACACGUUCCUACCUCGGUCUUAACAUAUGGCUCCAACGUCCCUGACCGAUCGCCCAUAUUUGUUAAAGGAUAUAACAUCAUGGAGAAGAUUCAGAUGACUGGAUUCACCGCACAGGAGGUGAUACUUUCAGGCCUCUAUAUCUGGGAAACAAUUAAAUUGCUUCGUUUGGGUUCGAGCCGUCAGAACCAAAGAAUCAUGCACCAGCUAGUGGGAAUCAAUGUCAUAAUGUUUAUUAUGGAUUUGGCCCUUCUCGGAUUGGAAUAUGCCAACUUCUACGCCAUCCAGAUCACGCUCAAGGGCGCCAUCUACAGCAUUAAGCUGAAACUGGAGUUUGCUGUACUCGGGAAACUCGUUGACAUGGUCCAUGUGCACAGGCGCCCUGCUACAUUGGGGAAUGAUGUACAAUUGUGUUCUCUAGAGGGUGACACUAGUCCGACAACACCUGCAUCAUCAUCUGGUUUGUUGAGUAAUAUAAAUUUCUGCGGUGUUGUUCACGAAGGGAUGAAACGAACACACAAGCUACAAGAUGAGAUAUGCAUGGAUAAAAAGGAUUUUACAAUGACAGAGGUGUCGGCCUUAGUCAAGCGGCGGCCACCUGAGGAAAUAAUCUAAACCGUUCUCUAUAUACCGCUUUUCUUUGCUUUAAUCUGCUUUUGUUUAGUCGAUACCCGUUUAUGGCUUUACAAACCAAGCAUCUUUAUAGGGACAGGAUCUCAACCGCCCAAGACGCGGACCUAUAUACACAGAGCUUUAUUAUCAAUCCAAGCAAAAUAUGUAAUGAGAUGAGGACUUAUGUAUCCCACGUAAACCAUCCUAAUCGGUUAUGUCAGCCAUUCGUAAGCAUUACAAAAAGGAAAAGCCAAAACCCAACCGUUUCAAUCUUGAACGGGACA